CCUUGCUGCACCUCGCUCCGUUUCGAGUGCAUCAAAUAUCCUGGCGCGUAACCAGCAGCGGCUCCGUAUACCGCAGCUUCCAAGCCGGUACCAACGCCCGCAGGCGAAACCCAAGUAUGCGGUUGUGACUAUGCUGUGUUACGUUGAUGCCAUAAGCUCAUCGUUCCAGUUCCAAACUCGCGAAACAAGCCCCUAUUCACGUUCUGAAAUUGCCUCCGCGGAAAUAUUCUUGCAUACACAUGGACCCACAACACGACUCUAUGUUCAUUGACUGUGCUUUCUGAUAGCUAGAACACUGAAAACUGAUAAGUAUUCGAAGAAGUGCGCGUGGAUAAGAAAACAUUCUUCAAAACCAAAGCUGCGUGGUCUCACUGUACGGACUGCUGCGUACUCACCUCGAUCACGCAGAAAGGGGGCCCUUUCUGGCGUAUAAAUACUGCCGAUUUUCGUUCGCUUUCCCUAAUGAACACAAACAUGAUUACCAACACUCAAUUUAUCCAAACUACUAGUUCCCAUUUCGCCGUUGCGCUUGCGAUGGCACAGGCCGUAUUCGGUCUUAUCAAGAGCAUUAUUGCUGUGCUAUUGUUUUGGGCGUGUCCUUCGAUGACACCUUCCGUGUCCGAAUACCCCCGCAUGGCUGUUACGACCAAGGUAGAGCGUAACACAUCUCGAUACUCAAUGAUGGUGGCGCCGUCUUCAUCGGUGUCCUUCUCAUCAUCCAGCUCUACUUUGGUCGAAACGUCGUUAGUAUGUGACAACGCCAUUGCGAAAUCCAAGAAGUCAGGCGCAAAGAAACGUUCGCCUCCUAUGCCCGUCCACAUGAAAAAGGAAAUUAAGCAUCCGACUCAUACUGCAAAGGUUGAGAUGAGGCCUUUCGCACGGCACAUGUCGUCGUCAUUCCAAAUUGCCUUUUCUCCCCUCGCCUCACCAUUCAUCCCUUCGUCGGACUCUUAUUUCCCUCGUAAGGCGUCCGUCCAAUUGAAGCGGGUAGGAACGCUUGUCGAAGAGGCGGUAGUAACAUCCCAAGAGACCAUCUUGGUUGCGUCGAGGAAGACGAAGAAAGUUUCUAUUUCUAUCAAGAAAACGAAGACUACGAGGAAGAUUGUGAAAGUUAGAAAGAACGUCAAAGGGUUUUUUCUCGGGAGCAUUCACGACGUGUUCAAAAGUUGACUAUCUCCGUGUUUCCUGUGCAUUACAUUUCUUCUACCAAUUGUCAAUUAUUUCAAGGCGCGUUCAGCCA